AUGUGGGUCAACCUGCAGGAUAUGCACUGCAACGGUUCAAGAAAGCAGCUCAUCACGGUCUUCUUCAUGGCAAAUAGGGCUUACUCUUGCCCUACUAAAUUUGUGAAAAAUCAAGAGAGUCUACCAUUGGAAGAUGACACUGAGAUUGAUGAGAAUUCAGUGUUUGCACAUUUUCUUCAAAAAUUGGAUAAAGAAAAGUCUAUAUUGUCCAGAUUGAGGUCUGAUGAACUGGCACCAAUGAAGCGGUUCCAAAGGAUAAUAAAGGAUAUAGAACAGGAGAAAAUGAUGGAAGAAGCAAUUAUAAAGGCAGAAAAAAGAAAAGUAUUGAAGGCAAAACAAUUAGAACAAGAGGAGAGAAUUGCCAAGGAACUAGAAAGAAUAAAAUAUGAAAAUCUAAAAGAUGAAAAAAUGAGACAGCAAGUCAGAGAAAACAGUAUUGAGCUUCGUGAGUUGGAAGCCAAAUUGAAGGCUGCUUAUGUGAACAAAGAAAGAGCUGUCCAGAUAGCUGAAAAAGAAGCAAAUCGUUUAGAGAAGAUUAAACGAGAGGCUGAGAUUGCUAAACUGAUGAAGAAAGAGCAUGAAAAAGCCACAGCAGAGGAAAUGAAGGAGGAACAAAAACGUCAUGAAAAAGCUGUAAAAUAUCAGAAGGAGCUCGAAGAGCAAGUUGAUCAAAAUGAACAAAGGAGACAGGAAGCAUAUGAUGAAUUCCUAAAAGAUAAACUGAGAGUUGAUGAAAUUGUAAGAAAGAUCUAUGAAGAAGAUCAGAGGGACAGACAGCUGAAGAUGGAGAAGAGGAGGGAAACUCAGAGGUACAUUGAGGAAUUCCAGAAGCAACGAGCUGAGUGGAAACAAAUGGAACGGGAAAGAAUGGAAGCAGAGAACAGACAAGUUAAGGAGUUCGCUAAUGCACAACAAAGCAGGGAGGAUGACCGAAUGGCCAAAGUUCGAGAACGAGAUGAACAGAAAAAUAUGUUGUACAAAAAGCUUGCUGCUGAAAUUGAAAAGGAACGACAGGAGCGUGAAGAAUUGGAGAAUGUCCGACAAGAACUGUACCUUGAAAAAGCAGAAGAGGCUCGCAGACAGCAAGCUAUAGCAGACAGGGAGAAGCAAAUUAAUCAGCGUCUUGAAUUGCAGCAGACCUAUCAAGACCAAAUGGUUUUCAAACAGAAGCGUAUGCAGGCAGAGAAAGAAGAAGAAGAAGAAUUACGAAGGAAGAUGAUGGCUAAACUUGCAGAAGAUGACCGCAUUGAACAGAUGAAUGAACAGAAAAGACGUAUGAAACAGCUUGAACAUAAGAAAGCUGUGGAAAAAAUCAUUGAAGAUCGACGUCAACAAUUUGAAGCAAACCAACAACGGGAAUUUGAAAGACAGUAUGAAGAAGAAAGGAAGAAGGCAGCUCUCCAAGUCAUCAUUGAAGAAGAAAGGCAGAAACUUCUCAAAGAGCAUGCCAGCAAGCUAUUGGGUUACCUUCCAAAGGGAGUAUUUAGAGAUGAACGAGAGCUCGAGUUAUUUGAUGAAACCUUCAGAGAAAAUUUCAAGAAAGGAAGCGCUAAUUUAUCAUCAGACGAAGGUUGGGAUUGUUAGACCUGUGAUGAUAUUGCUUGACAUUAUGUCAACUUUGUCUAGAGCAUGGCUGCAUUAGCCAGCACAAGUUACUU